UUUCUGUAUGUAGCAGUAAUAUUGUACAUUUAUGGAGCGCUUUUACAGUAAUCCUUUUAUGUAUUUAAAAAUUUGUUGUAUCUGAAAGGCAGAGAGAGACAGCCGAGGACAGAUGAUCUUCCAUCUCCUAGUUCACUUCCCAGAUGCCUGCAACAGCCAGGGCUGAAACAGAUGCCAGCCAGAGCCCGCCCACAUUUGGGUUCCUGUUGGACAUUGAUGGAGUGCUGGUGCGAGGCCACCGUGUGAUCCCUGCUGCUCUGGAAGCCUUCCACACGCUCUGCAGCCCGCAGGGACAGUUGCGAGUGCCUGUGGUUUUUGUCACAAACGCUGGGAACAUCCUGCAACAUGGCAAAGCCCAGGAGCUGUCAGCCCUGCUGGGAUGCAAGGUGGAUCCAGACCAAGUCAUUCUCUCCCACAGCCCCAUGAAGCUCUUCACCCAGUACCACGACAAGCGGAUGCUGGUGUCUGGGCAGGGACCACUGGUGGAAAAUGCCCGAGCACUGGGCUUCCGGAACGUGGUCACUGUAGAUGAGCUGCGGAUGGCCUUCCCCGUACUUGACAUGGUGGACCUUGAGCGGCGGCCGAAGACCACGCCCCUGCUGAGGAAUGACUUCCCAGCCAUUGAAGGGGUGCUUCUCCUUGGGGAGCCAGUGCGCUGGGAGACGAGCCUGCAGCUGAUCAUGGAUGUCCUCCUCAGCAACGGGAACCCCGGGACUGGCCUGGCCACGGCCCCCUACCCCCACCUCCCCGUCCUGGCCAGCAACAUGGACCUCCUCUGGAUGGCGGAAGCCAGGAUGCCUAGGUUUGGCCACGGCACCUUCCUGCUGUGCCUGGAAGCCAUUUACCAGAAGGUGACUGGCAGAGAGCUGAGAUACGAGGGCCUGAUGGGCAAACCCAGCAUCCUCACCUACCAGUACGCGGAGGAGCUGAUCAGGCAGCAGGCGGUGCGGCGGGGCUGGGCUGCCCCCAUCCGGAAGCUCUAUGCUGUAGGUGACAACCCUAUGUCUGAUGUCUACGGUGCCAACCUGUUUCACCAGUACCUGCAGAGAGCGAAGCGUGGUGGGGCAGAGGCGCAAGGGGCCGGCGGCCUGCGGAAGCAGCAGCCCUCAGCCACCCAGAGCUGCACCUCCAUCCUAGUGUGCACCGGCGUGUACAGUCCCGGGGACGCAGCAUCCACAGGGCCGGGCCCGGGAGGCGGCGAGCCCCCUUUCCACGGGCACCGUGACUUCGGCUUCAGUCCCAGCCUGAUGGAGGCCUCCCAUACUGUGAAGGAUGUGAACGAGGCUGUGCAGCUCGUCCUGCGCGAGGAGGGCUGGGCUGUGUAGUGAGGGCGGCAUGUUGGGCGUGGGGGCUGCAGGUGGGUCCUGACUCCUGGGCGUCUGAUCCGGCCUGCUUCCUGCCCUCUGUCCCCAAGCGAGGUCUCAGUGGGCACUUGAAGACAAUGGCUUUCUCCUGCUGGGCGGCAGCCACAGAAAUGAACCCGGGGCCUCUCGCGUGGCCCCUCGGGCCUUUCUGGGCGUGUGGCCCCGCAGGCUGACCUCAGGCCAGUCCGUGGAUGUCGGUGCCUCGGUUGCCUCCUUUCAGUAGGGGCUUUUGAAGAAAGGGAGGCCGUGUGGGGUGGCGUGGACGGCUCUGUAGCGCCUCUGCCCUCCUUGACAGCCGCCACGCGGCAGCACGGUGUGCCGCUCGGCCUCACGCCGCUCUCCACUCUGUCAGUUCAGUGCCACGGACUCUGAGCUGACUUUUAAAUUAAAACAAUCACAGUGAGUAUUCAGUGUGCUGUGUCUUGGGAAGCUGGCUGGACUGAGGGCCCCGUGCGGAACAGGUCCUCGUCUGUGCUGCUGUGACAGAACGCCUGUUGCAGAGAAGCAGUGCAUUACAGUCCUGCACGCGGGGAAUCCUGAGCGCCCGGCAUCUGUGAGGGCCUCUGGAGUCAGCAAUGAGAGGGCCCACCUCGCUUCUCCAGCGACCCCGCUGUGCAGUCCUGCGGUGGGCAGCAGCGCCUCCUGUGCGCAGACCGAAGCUGGGAGCGCUGCUUCCCCACGGCAGCUCUGCCUUCACCACGCACCCAGCUGAAGGCACUUCCCGACCUGCCGCGUCCCCUUCUGUCUCACACCUGGAUCACACUUUAGCCUCCUGGCUCACUCCCACUAGUCUCCGCACCCUCCCAUAAAAUCACCCAGAUUAUGAAUUUGAUCAGUUCUCUGCUCAAACCCCCUCCAUGAUUUCCCAUCUCAUCAGAGUAGAAGCGCACCACAGCGCCUUGCUGCAGCACGAUGCCUCCACCCCCUGCACGGCUGCCUCCUCGGACCCCCACCUGCUGUUCCCCUGUCAGCUGUCGCCCUCUCCUGCUGCACUGGCUCCCUUGCAGCUCUGCCACGCACACUCUUGCCCCACAGCCUCAGCUGGCAGUUCCUGCUUUCUGCCAGGAUCCACACGGCGUAAUCCAUCUCCUUUAUUUUUUCAUCCUACUUUUACUUUUUUUUUUUUUUUUUUUUUUUUAUCAAAAAGCAGAGAAAGAGAUAGAGGCAGACAGGCCAGGCUGAAGCCCGGAGCCAGGAACUCUGUCCAGGUCUUGGGCAGGAGGGACCCAAGCCUUUGUGCCAUCACCUGGCUGCCUCGUGGGGUGCACAUUAGGAAGCUGGAAUCAGAAGUGGAGCCAGGACUCAACCCAGACACUUUAAUACAGAAUGCAGGUGUCCUGAGGGGCAUCUUAACUGCUGCACCGCACACCCACUCCCCUCAUCAUUUUUUUUAAUAAAGAUUUAUUUAUUGGGGCCAGCACUGUGAUACAGCGGGUUAAGCUGCCACCUGCAGUGCUGGCAUCGCAUAUGGGCAUCAGUUUGAGCCCCAGCUGUUCCACUUCCUAUCCAGCUCCCGGCUAAUGCACCUGGGAAAUCAGCAGAGGAUGGCUCAAGUCCUUGGGCCCCUGCACCCGUAUGGGAGACUCAGAAGAAGCUCCUGGCUCCUGGCUUUAGAUUGGCCCAGCCCCAGCUAUUGCAGCCAUUUGGAGAAUGACCCAGCAGAUGGAAAAUCUGUCUUCUUCUCUAACUCUGCCUUUCAAAUUUUUUUUUAACACAUUUAUUUAUUUUAAAGUUAGAGUUACCCAGAGAAAGGAAGAGAGGCACACAGAACGAGAGAGAGCUAGCUUCCAUCCACUGGUUCACUCCCCAAAUAACCACUAGGGCUGGGCCAGGCCAAAGCCAGGAGUCAAAAGCUUCUUCCAGAACUCCCAUGUGGGUGUUGGGUCCCAAGCACUUGGACCAUUGCUUUCCCAGGUGCAUUCGCAGGGAGCUGGAUUGGAAGAGGAACAUCUGAGUUUUGAACCCAAAUGGGAUGCUGGCAUCUCAGGCAGCAAUAAAGAUUUUAUUUAAAAGGCAGAGUUGCAGAGAAGAGAGACAGAUCUUCCAUCUGUUGGUUCAUUACCCACUUGGCUGCAAUGGCCAGGGCUUUGUGAGGCCAAAGGGAGGAGCUAGAAACUCCAUCUAGGUCUUGCACAUGGGUGCAGGGGCCCACGCACUUGGACUAUCUGUUGCUGCUUUCCCAGGAGCAUUAGCAGGGAGCUGUAUUGGAAGUGGAGUGGUCAGGACUUGAGCCCGGUACCCAUAUGGGAUACUGACAUUACAGCUUAACCUGCUAUACUACAAUGCCACCUCACCCCAGUACUUAAAAGGUCUGGUAGAUUUGUCACCUCAGGGACUUUCUCGAUGUCUGUAAGACCUUGGGGCAGGGUUAAGUUCCAGUUCCACUUCCCAUCCAGAUUCCUGCUAGUGCACAUCCUGGGAAGACAUCAGAGGAUGGCUCAGGUACUUGGGUCCCUGUCACCCACAUUGGAGGCCUAGGUUGAGUUUCAGGCUGCUGGCUUCAGUCUUGCAAUGCCCUGGGGGAUUUGGGAAGUGAGCCAGUGAAUGGAAGAUCUCUGCCUUUCAAGUAAAAGAAUUUUUAAAGAAUAACACUCUUUAUUCCCCUUACCUGCUUAAUUUUUCAUUGUACUCAUCAUCCCUUGACACAUGUAUAGUGUAUUUGCUAAUUUUUCAAAGAUUGGAAAUGCAGGCAGAGACAGAGGAAGAGAGCUUCCACCUGCUGAUUCACUUUGCAAAUGCCUACAACAGCCAGGAUCCAGGAACUCCGUUCAGGUCCUCCACCUGGGCGGCGGGAGCCCAAGUACUUGGGCCAUCCUCUGCUGCCUCACAGUGUGUCAGCAGGAAGCUGGGUAGCGUGGAUCAGCAGGGACUGAAACCAGGCACAUCCCAAGUGCUGGCGUAAUUUACUGUGCCACAACAUCUACCCCUGUGUUUGUUUACUCUAUGUCUUCUUCUAAAAUAAAAGCUCCAUGGACUUUGUA